CCCGGGGGCGCGGGGCCACCCGCGAGCCCAUCGCCGGGACACUAUCAUCCCCCUGCGCACAGUCCGCCCCUGGUCAAGAUUGGCGCAGUCCACGCCCACCAGCCGAACAAUAACCACCACCAGCACCAUCAGCAGCAACAGCAGCAACAGCAACAACAGCCGUCGAGUCAACCGCAGGUGCCGGGUGCUGGCGCGGGAGGGGCCGGCGGGCCGGGGGGCGGCGUGGCCAGGGCCGGAGGCAUGUUCUGCUACCACUGCCCCCCGGGCCUCCCAGCGCCGCGAUUACCGCCAUCCCUGGAGUAUCCCUUCGCUCCGACUCACCCCUUUCUCCGAUUCGUUACAGAUACUAGUUACUCCGCCUAUCACCCAGCGCUGCACGGAGUCGGCGAGGAUUCCUUCGUGCGGAGGAAGCAGCGGCGGAACAGGACAACUUUCACCCUCCAGCAACUGGAGGAACUCGAGUCCGCCUUCGCGCAGACUCACUACCCGGACGUCUUCACGAGGGAAGAUCUGGCCAUGAAGAUUAAUCUCACGGAGGCCAGAGUACAAGUAUGGUUCCAAAAUCGGCGGGCGAAGUGGCGUAAGAGCGAACGACUGAAGGAGGAGCAACGCAAACGCGAGGGCGGAAACGGCGGCGGUGGCGGCAGCGGGGGCGCCGGCGGCGGUGGCGGUGGCGGCGGCGGUAACGUAGAGUCCUCCGCUCUGACCGCGCCAACGUCCUCGUCGGCGGGCCCGAGUCCCACGGGGAACGAUCCGGAGGGCACCACGACGAGCAGCAGCGCCGCCGACACGGAGGACGCCGUGGCGGAGGGCGCUGGAGUUGGUGGCGGCGGCGGCGGCGGCGGCGGCUCCAGGAGCCCCAGCACGACUUCCGCCUCGGUCAGUCCCCGACCUCAGCCGAGUCAGCCGUCCCUGGGUGGCGUCUCGACGCCACCGCCGACCCCCAUAAGGGCGCCGCCGCCACCACCGAGCACCGUGGGGGGCCUCGGACCGCCCGCCGAGAGCACUACGGGGAUAGGCGCGGGCUUCAGGCCAGUGGAGCCGCCGACGUCCAUCUUCUUCUCUCCUCAUCUGGCUGCGCAAUUCUCACCGCCGCUCUUCAGCAACAAAGUCAUAAGCAGCGCGUCGACAUCGUUGACAUCGACGACUCCUACGUUGUGGACGACCAGCGAUCAGCAUCGGCCGGGCAGUCUUCAGGAGAUGUUGUCCUGGUCGCCGACUGGCUGGCCCGGUUCGAUUUGCGGCUGUUGCAAACCCGGCGCCGCCGGCACCGGCACCACCGACCUCCAUCGGAGCAACAGCCUCGCCGAGCUGCGAAGGAAAGCUCAGGAACACUCGACCGCCUCCGCCCUUCUCGGUGGCCUCGCCGGCUUCCCCGGAGGGCUGCCCCUGCCUCUACCCUUACCGCUGCUGCCGCCCUUGUUGGGCCUCUCCAGGCGACCGGAACAUCAUCACCAUCACCAUCUGCCUGGCGUGGUACAUCAGAUACAACCCACCACUAAGGAAGAUCCCUAGGAUCGCCUUCACGAAUACCGGAAUCGUCGUCUCGUAGGCGCAACACAUAAAUCUCAAAGGGAUAUUCUGCGCGUAUCGGAUGGUUGCAAAGUUCGAAGCUAGACAACGAUAUAACAAUCUCGGUGAGUUCGGAUCUCGAUGCCAUCUAGAUGCUGAAGAAUGUUAUGACAAAUAUAUAUAGAACGUUAUGCGUUUCUGUGUUUUUUUUUUUUCAUGUACGGAAAAUUAUUUUUCUAGCUUUUUUGCAGUAAGCACUACCGUUAGAUAUAUGGUCGUUUUUGUCAGAUUUAAUUUUGAAGUUUACGAAGCGUUUUUAAAUCGUUGAUAUCAUCGAGUUAACAGUUGAUUUCAGUUUACCGAAAAUGUAGCGUCGAAAAUUUGAACUCAUCGAUGUUACACAGCCAUCUUCAUAAGUGCUUUCCUUAUUAUAAAUAACUGCAUUUUAAUCUUCCCGUAUUUUUUGUUUUUAACCGGAAAAAAAGCUUUUCUAAGUUUCGACGUUGUGAUAGUUCAGGCGAGUUUUAAGGGUCUCAAUUCCGGAAGACGAUGAAGAAUUAACGAACCACAAUGCUACUACUAAGGUGGUAACUUUGGCUCGGUAAGGCGAGCUCGCGCAAACACCGCAAACUGUAUUCAUGCUGUCUUCGAUUGCGACUUGUUAAAAUAAACAUGGCGUGAAUCCUGUUAAAAACUUGCGCAAUCUUGAUAGAAAACUUAUUUUAGCUCAUAUAACACGUUGAGUUCCGAGGAAGAAAUGUUGAGAAGCGAGAAAUUUCGAUUUGCAGCAAAUUUGACAAUCAACUUCAUUUUUAAUGACAAGACGGCAUUAAUUCUAUAAAGUUUUUAAGUAAACUGUUUAAUUUCUUCUCUUUCUCUUUGAAAGUACUAAAUCGAUCAUUUGCGAUUAUUUCUCAUGUUUCUCGGCUAUUCUAUCUUUUUGGGGAUUUUAAUAAAAAUGGGAAACAGAUACUAUUAAUACUCAUUGCAUAUGCAAUAAACGGUUGAAUAAUGCAGCACUAUCAAUUUGCAGAUUACUUUGUUAUAUCCGCGAACAAUGUAAAUAGGCGGGGUGCAUUACAAUAAUCUUCCGUAGUUAUUCUCAGACACGUAAACCUUUUUCUCACAUAUUUAAUCAGCAAUAGCGUCUAAAUCUCUAUAUUAUGCAGAAUUUAUAUUUUAUUUAUUGCCUCGUAACUCGCGACCUAGAUACAUUUGUAUCGCCGCUCUAUUCACAAUCUACAACGUAUGAAAAUCGUUAAGUUCCAGAUGUAUCGUAAAAAAAAAAAAAAGCAAAACCAGUUUGUCCAAUCCGUUAAUCACGGCGAAGAAAAAGCAUCCUAAAAUUCCGCGAGAGGGAGAAGCCGGAUUUCAGAAUUGGCUUCUUGAAUUUGGAAACGCGCGCGGCGGAUCGCGCUUAUAUUGUACAUAAUGAGAGAAGUAAAUGCGGCGAGAACGGGAACGAGAACGACGCGCGCGAUAUUGCGGUCGAGUGCGACCUGUGCGGGGAAGAUGUGUAGCACAAGAGGUGUGUUUAUACGGAUGGUUUCGUUUCCUUCCACGCGAGUAAGAAGACGCGACGGACCAACACGUGCCUGAUGCGCUGUAUAUUCAAUUGCUCGAUACGCUCGACCAGUCGAUUCGUUCAAGCCACGCGGACAGGCUCGAGUGUGCAUUCAUCAUAAAAUUGCCUGCGAGCGGGAAUCGAAACCGAUACGAUCUCAGAUUCACAGAUUUCGAUACUGCUGUCGGAAAACGUCGGACGUUUCCUUUUUUUUUUUCUUGUAAAUGUUCCCUAAAUUAAAUUGAUCUCGAGAUUAUAUGGGUUUUGAUCGCCGGUUGCAGGUGAAGCGAAGAAACUCGUUUCGAGUUGGCUACUACUCUUAUAUGCCUUAAAAAAAAAAAAAAAAAAAUGUUCGUCGAUCGGCCGGCAAUAUUAACCGAUUUCAGAUAUUUGCUACGUUUGCGAGUGCCGUAAUUCAUCAAAUAAAAUCCGCCGUUCUGGAUCGAGGGAACGAGAGAGGGUUCGGAGCCGCGGAGGAGAGGGCGAGAUCACGGAACGGAUUUGGUUUGAUGAUUACGCAUAAAUUCGACGAGAUAACGAUAACUCCAUUUAUGUCGCAGUCCCUCUGGAUUUUCGCGAAACGAAAGGCGUAGAAGCGAAACGGACGUAGUUGUUUGUAGAGACCUGUAUAUUACCUCUCGAAAUAAAUAGUCAGUGCUAAUCAAAGAUAGCCUAAUGAAAAGUACAUAUAGCGAUUAAGGUAGCGAUUAACUGUGUAGUCAAAACUGUGGUAGCGAUAUAUCGAAUAAACUUGUUCUCUCAUGUGAUGAA